UGUCUGCAGCAGCAGGAACCAUCCACGCCUCAACCUCAACGAUGAACAAUUUAUUAACAAAUUCCUUCUCUGGCGAUAUCACCGUUGCAGUACGUUCAUCUUCUUUCUAUUCCGCGUUCGAUCCUCUGCAAAUUCUAUUGGGUUUCUGAUCCAUUUCGCUUGAGCUUUAGGGUUUUUGAUCUUUCUUGGGUUUAAUUUUUCGGCUCUGUAGUUGAAACAGAGGAAAUGGCAACUUUUCCUUCGCUCUCGGCGGCGACCGCACUGUCCAGCAUCCCGAAAAUGGCUUCUCCGGCGAGGAACCCAACUCCCAAUGUUCAUCCCGCAUCGUCUCAAUUCUGCCCUAAUUUCAAAUUCAAUCCCAAAAGAUCUCUGUUCGUUGUAUUCACCUCCAGUCAGAAGCCCCAAUUUCCGUGCAAAUCUCGGCCGAGGAUCUCCGUCCAAUGCCUUUUCACCGGCAUUGUUGAAGAAAUGGGGCGUGUAAAAAACUUGGGUAUUGCUGAAAAUGGGGGGUUUGAUUUGGAAAUUACAGCGAAAACUGUUCUUCAAGGCGUUAACCUUGGAGACAGUAUUGCAGUGAAUGGAACUUGCCUUACGGUGACGGCUUUUGACCACCAACUAUCUGAAUUCAAGGUGGGGUUAGCGCCGGAGACGCUCAGGAAGACAUCGUUGGUGGAGCUGGUGCCGGGUUCUCCGGUGAAUUUGGAGCGGGCGGUUCAACCAAUCAGCCGAAUGGGUGGGCAUUUUGUGCAGGGGCAUGUGGAUGGGACAGGGGAGAUAGUGUCGAUGGAUGCUGAGGAGGACUCGUUGUGGGUAAAGGUGAGGACGUCGGAGGCUGUGCUGAACUAUAUUGUAGCAAAGGGAUUCAUUGCGGUGGAUGGAACUAGCUUGACUGUGGUGGAUGUUUUUGAUGAGGAAAAGGCUUUUAACUUCAUGUUGGUUGCUUAUACUCAGAAUGCUGUGGUGGUUCCAUUGAAGAAAGUUGGGGAUUUGGUGAAUUUGGAGGUUGAUGUUCUUGGCAAGUAUGUGCAGCGGCUCCUCAGCAUUGGUGCCAUCGGCUCCAUCGAGUCUCAUUGACAGUAAAAGCCUGAAAAUAAGGUCUUAAAAGCUUUAACUUGCCUUGUUAUGCUAUGUAUUUUAGCCAUUAUCAACGUGGGGUUGAGGGGGAAUAAAUGGUCUAAUUUAGCCUUAGUUUUAAUUUCCAUAGUUUUAUCCUUUUGAAUGACUUGGCAUGGGAAGAUCAUUGGUUUUUUCUGAUAUGAGGUUGUGGAUAAGCCAGAUAUUUGGAGCCAACCCGCUACAUGGAACUACUUAUAUUCACACAAAUAAUUUGACCACCGACCUAAUAAUCGAGCGACAACUAGUGCCACAUGGUGUAAGACUAUGAGAGGUCGGA